UCAAUCCGCUGCGUCACGCGAGGCUGCUCCAGGAACAGCUGCUCCGCUGCGAUCACGUAACGGGGAUUUGACAAGAACGGCACCAUUUCAUCGGUACGGUCUGUUUAUUACUGGAUGUUGACCUAAACAACCGAUCGGAGCUCGUUUUCGGCCGGUUGCACGCACGGCUGAACUCGUCGGUAAAGCUGGAAGCGCAGAUAUGCACGCAGCAAGACGGAUUGUACAUCGCUCACAUGAGAUGUGAUGAAAUGAUGAUGAAGAAGAUGAUGAUGGCCCAAGGGGAGAAAGAGCCGAAACACACCAGCCAAGUUGUACUGGUCAAGAGGAUCAUAAUGAAGCAUGACACUCCGGUCCAGCAGGGCAUCGGGAAGCCGAGCGUCUAUCAUGCUGUCGUGGUCAUCUUCCUGGAGUUUUUCGCCUGGGGUCUCCUGACCACACCGAUGCUCACCGUUUUGCAUGAAACGUUCCCCAGACACACGUUCUUAAUAAACGGCCUGAUUCAGGGAGUGAAGGGUCUGCUGUCGUUUAUGAGCGCGCCGUUAAUCGGCGCUCUGUCAGACGUUUGGGGCAGACGAUCGUUUCUAUUGGUUACUGUGUUCUUCACGUGUGCGCCCAUCCCCCUCAUGAGACUCAGUCCAUGGUGGUACUUCGCCAUGAUAUCGGUGUCUGGCGCUUUCUCCGUCACUUUCUCCGUCAUCUUCGCGUACAUCGCUGACGUCACGGAUGUGCGUGAGAGGAGUACGGCGUACGGACUCGUUUCGGCGACGUUCGCAGCGAGUCUGGUCACGAGUCCGGCCAUCGGUGCGUACCUGUCGGCCAGCUACGGAGAUAAUCUGGUGGUGCUGCUGGCGACGGUCAUCGCUCUGGCUGACAUCUGCUUCAUCCUUCUGGCCGUCCCAGAGUCACUGCCCGACAAGAUGAAGCCCAACACAUGGGGAGCGCCCAUCUCCUGGGAGCAGGCCGACCCCUUCACCUCUCUGCGUAAAGUUGGGCAGGACACGACCGUUCUGCUCAUCUGUAUCACAGUGUUUCUGUCCUAUCUGCCCGAGGCCGGUCAGUACUCCAGCUUCUUCCUCUACCUGCGACAGGUCAUUAACUUCUCGCCCAAAACGAUCGCGGUGUUCAUCGGUGUGGUGGGAAUCCUCUCCAUCCUGGCGCAGACGCUUUUUCUGACUUUACUGAUGAGGACCAUCGGGAACAAGAACACGGUUCUUCUGGGUCUGGGUUUCCAGAUUCUCCAGCUGGCCUGGUACGGUUUGGGGUCUGAGCCGUGGAUGAUGUGGGCAGCCGGCGCGGUGGCAGCCAUGUCCAGCAUAACCUUCCCUGCAGUGAGCGCUUUAGUGUCACGCAGCGCGGAUCCAGAUAAACAGGGUCUGGUUCAGGGCAUGAUAACAGGGAUCCGGGGGCUCUGUAAUGGUCUGGGUCCAGCACUGUACGGCUUCGUUUUCUUUCUCUUUAAUGUGGAGUUGAGUGGGAUCACCACCAUCCAGCCUGACUAUGCCAUCCAUCUACAGCCCUCCACAGAGAAGAGCUUAAUUCCCGGUCCUCCGUUCCUCCUGGGCGCCUGUACAGUGGUGGUGGCGUUCAUAGUGGCUCUUUUCAUCCCUGAUCACCCAACACCUCCAGCGACACCCUGCCAAACCAGUAAGAGCAACACGAGUCUGGCUGGAGCUCACACCAACACACCACUCCCCGGGAGCGACGAGGACUUCGAACCGCUGCUCGAGGACAGCAAUGUCUGACUCUGAAACUAAAUCACAUUGGGAAAAAAUUCAAAGGGUGUCAACACAUCGCAAACCCCUGACCUUUGAGAGCGUGCAGUAUUUAUUUAGUGUGUUUUUUUGUUGUUGAUCAUGCCGAAACGGUUAUUGGUUUUAAACUCAGAGGCUUUUUUAUGAAGCGUUUUUACAGCGUUUGACAUUCUGUGUUUAAAUGAAUCAACACACUAAGGGCUCGAUCAGUGGGAUCGUAUGCGUUGGGUUUGAUUGCAAAGCUCUUCAUGUAUAUAGAUAUUUGGGCAAAGUGCAGUAAAAUGUAUUGUACUGUAUGCGGAGCUUGUGGUGGCUUGAAGAUUAACAUGUCGUGAGAUUGAAGAUAAACUGGGUGAAUUUCAUGAAAUCAUGGUUUAGGUCAUUACAACCUGAAGAAGAAAAAGAAGCAGCCUAUUUGUCGCUGGGGUAUUUUUGUAGCAAUAUACACAAUAUAUACAAAACUACAACAUAUGGGUCAAACUAUUGAUUUUCUUUUAUGCCAAAAAUCAUUAGUAUAUUAAGUAAAGAUCAUAUUCAAUGUUUUUUUUUUUUUCCUAGUGUAAGUAUAUCAAAACUUAAUUUAUGAUCAGUAAUAUGCAUUGAUAAUAAUUCAUUUGGACAACUUUAGAGGGCGAUUUUCUCUAUAUUUCGAUUUUUAGGCACCCUCAGAUUCCCGAUUUUAAAAUAGUUGUUUCUCAGUCAAAUAUUGUCCUCAUUAUUUUCAAACAUAUUUUCUCCCUGCUAAAAACAGGCUUUAUUUGCAUUAAGAAAAAACAAAUAUCUUGUGAUUUUAAACCGAUUUCAUGAGAUUCACCCAACAGUAUUUUUAUUCUUGAGCAAUUGGAUGAAGUUUCCUUACGCAAGCCUUAAAGUCACAUAUCCUGUGGCAUCUGACAAGGUUUAAUAGAUCAGAGAUGCAUCCGGUUGCAUGAACAGUAUUUGUGGCGAUGUUAACCAAACCCGAAACACUAGUGCACCAGCGGUUUGGUGUAGUUACUGAUUAUAAUGUAGUUCUUUUAGACUAGCUAGAUGUUUCGGACAUGGCUUGAUUGUGAAGUUCUUGAAGUGUGUGUGUGUGUGUGUGUGUGUGUGUGUCAAGGUUCUAUGCAGUAGUGAUAAAAAAAAAUGGCAUUAAAUUUAAAACAAAAAUGGGUUGCGAAUGCCAUUUCAUGUUGAGAAACAUGGGUUAAAAAUCACAGUAUUGCUUAAAAUAUAAGUGAAAUUUUAUCUUCAUUUGUACUUUUAAAGCAAAAAAUUGGAAAUGUGCAUUUAUUAAACUAUUUUACUCAACAAUAUUUAUAUAUUUCAUUAAGGAUAAUUAGUGUUUUUAAAAAUCAGCCAACAUCUAUUUACCAGCUACCUCAUUUUUGGAGGUUUCAAUGAUUUUGUGAAAUGAAGUGAGAUUCGCUCUAACUAUAUUUUUAUCUGCAUCUUCUUUUUUUUAGCCACAUUCCAUUUUCAAUAUGAGAUUUUGGAUUCUUCAAAGAUUCAUUAGAAUUAAAUAAUAAUUGAACUGGUCUGUUCAUGAAUUCUGUAUUUUAUCAUACAAUUAUUGUUUUCCAAGCUGAUGUUUUUUUUUUUUUUUUUUUUUUUUUUUGCAUGAACGAAUGUAUGCAAAGAAUGAAUUUCCUGAACAAUGCGUUUUGUGUCCCAGAGGCUUCUGUCUGUUUUUUUUUUUUUUUAGUGUGUAGAACACUGUUUGUGUAGCAUCUCAUUAGAGUUUGAGGUCAUCGUUUGACUGACCUGUGCUCAUUUCCUGUUCCACAUGCUUAUCAAUUCCUCCAGUAUUCCAUACAAAUUUGGCAGAUAUUCCAUUCAGAACAGUUCUGGUGACCUGUGAAUCGAGCAGAGAUCAUAAACAGAAUCUGAAUAUUUGUUUCCCGUCAUUUAUUCUCCAACCUUUGACACUUUUUCCAUGUGUUUGUAUAAUUUAUUCCAUAUUUAUAACCAUGUGAAACUUUAAGCUUGUGUGUGCGAUUCCGGAACGUGACGUUCAAAAGUGUGUAACGGCUCAGCCGUAGUUCCCGCGCUUUUGGGUUUUGAAUAUAUUCGCGAACAGCUUGUAACGGCAGUUUAAUUAAAAUGUAAAAUAGCGACGGUCAUAUUAAUUAUUUUAGGAUUGUAAAGUAUUGUAUUUGUAUUGAAUAGUAUUACAGAAAAACUUUUACAUGUUGCCAGACCUGUAAAUGUUGGAACAGUGCUGCUCCAAAUAAGUUCAAUGGAUCGUCAACGCGCGCGUUCACGAGAAUAUCUUUAACCUUUUCUUUCUGAACUUGUCAAGUAUUUGUGUGUCUUUCAAUGGGAUACACACGGUGCCUGAAGUGUAAAACAUGUCUGAUUGUAAAUAACGAUUACAUUGAGCAGCUGAUGAAGAUGAAAUGUACAGGGACCUUUAUGUAUUUAUUGUCAUGUAUUGUGGGAAUCUAUUAAAUAGGUGCAAAUUAAUAAAGAGCACUAGGAGUCA